ACGUGGUGCAUUUGCAUUUGUUGUUGUUGUUUCCGGUUGCAGCCGCUGUGCGCUACGUCUUCAGACAGGUUUCAUAAUCAAGUUAUCAGCAACUGCUGGCAGCACCAUGGUGUUCAAAUGUCAGGAAGACAGCUACCAAAAGCAGUUUCAGACGUCCGUUGUCUCCUGCGACUAUGCCACGUUGGAGUGGUGCGGAGAGGGGAGCAACAGCACCACAGAGACACGUCAGCUGCGCGGCUUUAAUGUGGUCUGCGAGGACACCAUACUCUUCCCCGAGGGUGGCGGCCAGCCCUGCGACUAUGGCACCAUCAAUGGCCAGCCGGUGCGUAGUGUUCUGCGGAAAGGCAGCACAGCCGUACACUUUGUGGAGUCGUCCAGCAGUUUUGAGGAGGGCGCCACCGUGCAGCAGCUGGUGGACUGGCCACGCCGGCUGGAUCACAUGCAGCAGCAUUCCGGUCAGCAUCUAAUCACGGCUCUGUUUGAUCGCGAAUUCAAGUAUGACACGACAUCCUGGUCACUGGGCCCCAGUGUUUCUUAUAUACAGCUGAGCACACCGCAUUUGAUCAGCCGCGAAUCACUCGAUCUAAUUGAAAGGCAGGCAAAUGAUCUAAUACGCGAGGGACGCAUUGUCAGCGUGCUGCUGGUGGAUCCAGAGAUGGCACAGGAUUUUCAGGAUGCACGCGCACCGCGUGGCCUGCCCAAGGACCAUGAGGGAUUGGCUCGUGUUGUUCGCAUCGAAGGCAUCGAAUCGAACAUGUGCUGUGGCACACACGUCACAAAUCUGUCGCAACUGCAGUGCAUAAAACUGAUCUACGCCGAGAAGGUCAAGUCAAAUGUUCACGUGCAUUUUGUUGUCGGCGAACGUUGCCUUCGCAAGCUGGGCGAGAUCUUUCAGCGCGAGCAACAGCUCACCGCGGCUCUAAAGUGCGGCGCCCAUCAGCAUCUGGAGCUGUUGCAGAAGCUGCAGCAAAAUGUCAAAUCCACACGCAAGUCGUUCGUGCAGUUAUUGAAGGAUUUCGCCAACGCGGAGGCCGAACGCCUAGAGAAUGUACCCAAGGCAAUGCGUCCCAAGUACUUUGCCUUGCAUCGACGCGAUGGCAUCGAGGUGGACUUCACCACUACAUUUUUGCGCAAUGCGCCGGAAGAGAUAUUCUAUUUUCUGACGGUAUCCGAAGGCAUCUCGGUCGGCAGUGUUGCUAAGGGGCACAUGGUCUUGCGUGGCGAUCCGAUGCUGGUGCAGGAGUUGGGACCGCAGUUUCUCGAACUACUCGAGGGCAAGGGCAAUGGCAAGGAAAACAGUUUCCAGGGCAAAAUUAACAAUCUGGCCAAGCUGCAGAAUUGCACCGCACUGUUGGAGGCGCAUUUUAGGCCGAAAAAACCGAUUGCUGAGCCAGCAAGCGCCUCGUAAAGAACAUGAAGGCCUUCUCUGCUUACAAAUGCUAAAUUGUACUAUUUCGUUUUCUUUUAAAUGGAUGUACAUUGUAUGAUAUUAAACAUGACUAAGCACA